AUGGGGGGUCGUCGAUACGCGCGCGUUGCUUGGAGCUACGGGAUGCCGACAACCGCAAUAGGGGUCCGCGUGCAUCAAAUGAGCGCGGUCAACGACACCCGAAUGUCACGUCUCAGACAGACCAGUCGGGGGCACGCACUCCGUCACGGCGAGGUGCUGCGCGCCAGAUACUACGGAUAUGUUAUCGUGGUGAUCUGGGCGCGGAGGCCUGCAAUCACGGGAAUGCAUACGCCGGCACACAGGGAUGUCAGCAUAGGGGUGGGGGGGGGGGGGGGGGGGGGGGGUUCUGGGGCGGUGCUUUUGGGGUAUUUAUUGGGGGGGGCUUGGGGGGUGGGGGGGGUGCAUUGUUUCUAA